AAAAUGGUCAGAGGAAAUUCCACCUUGGUGACAGAAUUUGUUCUCUUGGGAUUGACAGAUCGUCCAGAACUUCAACCUAUCCUUUUUGUGCUGUUCCUGCUUAUCUACUUGAUCACUGUUGGAGGGAACCUUGGCAUGUUGGUACUGAUCAGAAUAGAUUCACACCUUCACACCCCCAUGUACUUCUUUCUUGCCAGUUUGUCCUGCUUGGAUUUGUGUUAUUCCACUAACGUGACUCCCAAGAUGUUGGUGAACUUCUUAUCAGAAAAGAAAACCAUUUCCUAUGCUGCGUGUUUAGUCCAGUGUUAUUUUUUCAUUGCCAUGGUGAUUACUGAAUAUUACAUACUAGCUGUAAUGGCUUAUGAUAGGUACAUGGCCAUCUGUAACCCUUUGCUUUACAGCAGCAAGAUGUCCAAAGGGAUCUGUAUUCGUCUGAUUGCUGGUCCAUAUGCCUAUGGGUUCCUUAGUGGCCUGAUGGAAACCAUGUGGACAUACCGCUUGACUUUCUGUGGCUCCAAUAUCAUUAAUCACUUCUAUUGUGCUGACCCACCCCUCAUCCAACUCUCCUGCUCUGACAUUUUCAUUAAGGAGAUAUCCAUGUUUGUGGUAGCAGGAUUUAACCUCUCCAACUCUCUCCUCAUAAUCCUCAUCUCCUACGUCUUCAUUCUCAUUGCCAUCCUGAGGAUGCGUUCUGCUGAAGGCAGGCACAAAGCUUUUUCCACCUGUGGGUCCCAUCUGGUGGCAGUGACUAUGUUUUAUGGGACCCUGUUCUGCAUGUAUGUUAGACCUCCCACAGAUAAGUCAGUGGAGCAGUCCAAAAUCAUUGCUGUUUUCUACACUUUUGUAAGCCCUAUGUUGAACCCCAUCAUUUAUAGUUUGAGGAACAAGGAUGUAAAACAAGCCUUUUGGAAAUUGAUCAGAAGAAAUGUACUUUCGAAGUAA